AUGGGCUCGCACCACAGCCCCGCCCCUCCACACCUCGUCUCACAGGUCUGCGGGCUACCUCCCGCCCCCAUCGCCCCGCCAACUCCAGCAGGCUUCCUGAAUCACCCCACGGGGCGGCGGCUGGAGCUGGGCGCCGCCGGGAGCGAGGUGAUGCAGUCCAACACCGCCGGCUUGCAGCUGCUGACGCUGAGCCGCGGCGCCGCUGCGCCGCCCAUGGCCAUGGUCGCGCGCAUGCAGCAGGAGACCUGGCUGCUGGGGUGCGGGGAGGAUGCGCAGCGCGGCGUCAUGACCCAGCCCUGCGUGCACACCGCCAAGGUGGACCGGGUGCUGGUGCCUUCGCUGGGCGGCGAGAGCGUGCUGGGGCUGCCGGGCAUGCUCUGCACCAUCUCCUCCGGCCGCCAGCACGGCCACGAGUGGUCCGACUUCCCCGUGCACGUAUACGGCCCGCCCGGCACCCUGGAGUUCCUCGAUACAAUGCUGGCGGUGUCCAGGACCUACCUCCAGAUGCCGGUGUUGGUGCACGAGCUGGUGCCAGGGCCCAUCGCCCGCCCGGAGCCGACGCUGGUCAACGCGCGCGCCAGGCUCUACGGCGUCUCCGUGCCCCCCGACCUCUGCAACCCCAGGGGGUACUCUGACGCGGAGAUGACUGCCCUCCUGCAGCGGACCGCUGUGGUGGGCAGCCAGGCCAAGCGCGACGAGAGGAGCGGGUGCCUUCCCCUGCCCCUCCCUCCCCCGGGCGACCCAUCUGCUGUGGUCGGCCAGCUGUCGGACCUGCAGUGGACCAUCAGGGCCAGCGCCGAGGCGGCCAUCGUGGCGCGUGCCGCGCAGGCCGCCCCGCACCAGCGCCUGUCCUUCCUCAUCCACGAGGCCGACAAGACGGGCCACCUGGACGUGGAAAAGGCGCUGGCGCUGGGCGUGGCCCGCGGCCCAGGCUUCGGCGAGCUCAAGGCGGGGCGCGCAGUGCGCACGGCGGCUGGCACGACGGUCACACCUGACCAGGUGCUGGGCGCCAGCCUGAGAGGGCGCAGGGUCUUGAUCCUGGACGACGCUGCGCUCGAAGGCCCCGGCCGUGGCCUGCUCCCGGUGCUGCGUGGGAGCGAGGGGGAGGAGGACCCCCCGGAGCCCUGCGACGUGAUGGAGGCUGCAAUAAAGGCUAGGUCGGCCUCCAGGCAGCUCCAGGCCCUGAAGUCGGAGGACCGGGUGGCCUUGCUGGACGCCAUUGCCGACACCCUGGUGGCGCACACGGACGACAUCCUCGCGGCCAAUGCCCAGGACGUCGAGUCCGCCACCGGAAAGAUUACCGACUCCCUGCUGCAGCGCCUCAUCCUGAAGCCCGCGAAGAUCUCGCAGCUGGCAGACGGCAUUCGAUCCAUCGGGCGCCAGGACGAGCCGUUGGGCCGCGUCAUCAGCGCCACCCAGAUCGCCGAGGACCUGGAGCUGCGCAAGAUCUCGGUCCCCAUCGGCGUCCUGCUCAUCAUAUUUGAGGCCCGCCCUGACGCCCUGCCCCAGAUCGUGUCCCUGGCCAUCCGGUCCGGCAAUGGCCUCCUCCUCAAGGCGAGUGGAGGCGAAUGA